AUGAGCUACUAUACCUUUGUCAGCCUCACCCCUGCUCAACUCGAGGAGCGCCGCACACAACUCGACCUUGCGGGCUUUCACGCAUGGCUGGCGCCUAUCAUCCUGCUGGUCACCAUAUGGAUAUACCGGCAGCUUCGGCGACGGGGCCUCAAUCCUUCUCUCCUCACAGACAAGGCGUCCCUAUCUCCAAAUGUGUCCCAGCGGCCUCCUUCACGAGUGCAAGUCCUCCUCCGCCGCCUACAUUGGGUCCUAAACACCACCUACAUGGGCGAAUUCGGUCCGUUCCACGUCCAGCUGAUAGGGCUCGGAUACUUCUGCUGGCUGCUAUACCUGGUGUUUCGGGCCACGGGGAACGACUACAUGCACCUGACCAAAUCGUUCGGCCAUGUGGCCAUCUCCCAACUGCCGAUGCACUACUUGUUGGCUCUCAAAUCGCCCCAGUCGCCCAUCACCUUGGCGACGGGGCUGACGCAUGAACGGCUGAAUGCGUUCCACCGCCUCUUCGGGCGCAUGAUCCACGUUCUCCUCGGCGCCCACGCGGUGCUGUACCUGGGAUUUUUCGUCAAAUUGGGCUUGUUGGCUAAGCGCGUUCGAGACCUUGACGUGCAGCUUGGUCUUAGUGCCUUCUGGGUGUUCAACGCUCUGGCCCUUCUCGCUCUGCCUGCCGUGCGGAGGAGACUGUAUCAUUCGGUAUUUUACAGGAGUCACGUCGUGCUCAGUGCCGUGGUGCUUCCGCUUCUGUUCUUCCAUGUCCCCUACACGAGGGUCUAUGUUGCGCAGGCGGCCGUAUUUUGGAUCCUUGGUGGUCUCCUGCGGCAGCGGGGAAGUGAAACCGUCUCUGCACGCAGCGAACUGCUCGACGGGGCCGUCGCCGCGACCGGCUCACAGCUGGUCAGUGUCAGGUUUACCGUCGGCGCAUGGAGCCCCCUCGCGCACGCCAAGGCUGGACAACAUGUCUAUAUCCGUCACGAGGGGCUAUUGGGCCCCAAGAAUCCAUUCACAAUUGCGAAUGUCCACCCUAUCAAUCACGCAGUUGAGGAUGAGGACGAGAAACUCCAGGAUGGAAAGGCUGCGCAGCCCGAGGUGGAGGUCCAGCUUGUGCUCAGAAACACGGGCGGGCCGCAGACGUCGUAUCUCAGCGGGUUGGCGCAGAAGCAAAAUAAGCGCCCGAGCAAGUUUGCACUCCAGGUUGAGGGUCCCUACGGGGAAUCGGAGAUGUAUAUCCCCCGACUGCUCAAGGGACAGCACACCGGAACCGGUAGAGGCCCUAUCUUGCUUAUCGCAGGUGGUGUUGGGGUGACCUACACACUUCCGAUCUACAUGGCUCUGCUGGCCUCGCAAAGGACAACGACGAGGCCUGGCAGUGGCAGUGGCAGUGGCAAUGGCAAUGACAAUAGAACCAAGAUGAUCUGGCUGGUCAAGACUCUCGCCGCCGCGCAGUGGGGCAUAACCAUCCUAAACCAAGCUCAAGACCGCGGUGAUAUCCAACCCGGGCUUGAUCUGGACAUCUAUAUCACAUUGGAAGACGCGACGCCCGCCCCAUCUAGACCGAUGAAAGCGGGGAUCAGAGUCCACCGUCUGGGCCAUCGGCCAGAUCUCGAGUCGGUCAUUGACACAGCAUUGGCGGUGAGCUCGGUGACGGAGAAGAUCAAUAGCAGUUACAGUAGCAGUGGCAGUGGCGUCGACCUGGGCAAUACAGUUCGGCGCCGAGUCCAAACGGCCCUGAAUCAGCAGCAGCACCACCACCACCAGGAGGUGACAGUGUUCCUCUGCGGCCCGUCAAGUCUAGCAAGAGACGUGAGAGAUUCUCUCGGGAAACAUAUCAGUGAAGGGGUGGAAGUGAAUGUUUUCGAAGAGUUGUUUGGAUUCGGUGGGGGGUGA